CUGGACAAUGUAGCAGUCGCAAAUGUGGUCUACCCACGACCUGGCAUGUGCACAUUGCCGUGCCCGGAAGAUACGCUGUGUUGCAAGCGAGACGGCGUGGACUGUCGAUACUCGUCUCCUGGGAAGCGCAUCAACCAUGUCAAACUCUUAUGUCAAAACUUCGAGGCGCUCGAAGACCAGUUGAACAGCAUCCAAGGAGACCUUUCGGCCUUGACGUCACUCGUAAAGAGCGGAGGCGCAGGACGGUCACUCCCCACCCAAGGGGACGAGUGUGUUCUAGAAGACUUCGCAGAUGGGGAUGUAUCAACGGGUACCCGCAAGGAUCGACACAUUGUACGAAAUGAAGCCUACGCGAUCGACCGGUACUAUGGGCCGUGUUCCCUCUACGCGCUCUGCAAGGAGUUCCAUGACGAUGCAGUCUUCCAGACGUCGGGCGCGGGCACGCCUACCAACAACGACUUUGCGAUUAGAAUCCUCCUCGAGCAGAUGUGCGUUGAUGCUAGCAAAGAAGAGCACAUGGAUAUUCCCUCGGAACAUUCGGGGAUAUGCCUCCCGCCUCGACAGUUCCUGAACAUCGUCAUCGGCCAGUUCUUCAAGAACACCAACUAUGCGACCGACCUCUUCGUGCGGUCGAACUUCCAGGCGCAGCUCGACCGGGUAUACGGACAUCCACUCAGCCCAGUGGAUGAGGCGUGGGCUGUUUGUUUCAAUGUCAUUGUUCUACUCGCCAUAGGAAAGGAUCAGACAACCCAGAACAACAGCCCAUUUAUCCAACCGUUCCUCCAGACACUGAAGAUGACGGUGAACAACCCUCGGGUAUUCCUUGCCCCAAGACUAGUCAAUGUUCAGGCUUUGGCUUUGCUGAGCCACAUCGCCGAACAAUAUAGUCCUCCAGGGUUCGCCGAGGUCGUCUUCGCACAGGCAUGCCUGUUGGCUCGGACAAUGGGACUCCACCAGCCUCGCGCAUCUGCCAUCGGACUCUUGCCCGAAGAGAUUAUCGAGAAGCAGAAGGUGUUCCGUUCGCUAUACAUCAGAGACAAGAACUUUGCAAUAUGCAGAGGUUCGUCAUCCUGGCUACCGACUUUUGACUCGAGCAUUUCUCCACCCUCCGAUCUAGCAGACCGGGACGAGACCAAGUACACUCCCAGAAUCGAGUUGGCCCGUAUUCAAGAUGAGGUCUAUCGCCAUUUCCACUCGGCCGAGGCGCCAUCGUUAGCACCAUCAAACCAUUCCCAACUGCUCUUGAAGCUGGAGCAGAAACUAGAUCGUUGGGCUGCGACACAUCAGGUCAUCAAGAAGUCAACAUCAUCCGUCGAGUGGGCCAAUUUGACACUAUCCUUUUUUGCCACCCGACUCUGUAUUUGCAAAAACAGCGAUGAUCCAAGAUUAUCCCUUCUAGCAUUCAAGGAUGCCAAAGCAAGCUGCAUCCUCUUUUUGUUAGCUACGACAUCUCGCCCAGAGCCACGAUUCGUUGACGCCUUUGACCACCUUCUCGGACGGAAACGAUCAACCAGCCCAUUGAUGAUUGACAAUUUCGAGGAAAAUGGCGAAACAUUGUUCGACUUUCAGCCCUUCGAUCAGGACGACAACAACGACGCCGCAGCAUCCGGAUUACCAGGGCUAACGGCGAGCUUCCCUCUAGCAGCUGUCUUUCUGGUUGCCAAGAACAUCGCGCUGCAGCCAGUCGCAACGCCAGAAGGCAUUGUCAGCCGGCCCGAAGAGGAACUGCUGGUCCUCGAGACGCUCCGUGAUCGAUUCGCGUCUGCCACGGACCAGGACCAUAUCGAGAACUUGACGCAGAAGCUCAGCCGUACUCUUGACACGAUUGUGCGCGUCGUUCGGCAGAAAUGCUUCCCGGAAGCGGCUAACACGCCCUCUAUGAUCUUCAACGACCUCUCGAGCCUGCACUCCAGUGCGUCCUCCGGCUCCCAGCGAGGCGGCUCCCGCGGCUCCCGCAAGGACACACCUCCGGAGCCCGAUGCACUACCAACAGUGACGUCGACCAACGAGGCAAUGACUACAUCGUCGAUGCUACUACCCUUUAUGCAGCCAUUCGACUCCCCUCGGAGCUGCUCACCAUGGCACACUACCGGAAACAACAGUGCCGGCGGAGCCGGGGUUGGCGUCGUCGUUUCGCCAUGGCCUGGGUCAUACAAGCAGCAGUCGGAUUCUGCAGGCCGCGUAGGCAAACGCCCAAGACUGCCCAGUCAGACGGAGCUAUUUGACAUGACGGCCGCCUUUGCGGAACACAUGCAAGGGCAUAGUCAGCGGCCUGAGGAGGACCCGCUGGCCAUGUUUGACUUUCUCGCGGGGAGCAACGAUAUCCCAGUUGAUAUCCCAGUCUUCGAAGGCGAUGAUUAG